AUGCGUGGUACCGUGCGCCGUCGUGAUGAGGAGGAAGAUACGAUGGUGCGCGACUUGGAACUUUUCUCCAAGCGUGCACGGCUGAACACGCCAGCAUCUGCCACUGACAUCGACGAGGAACGUGCUCCUUCUCCAGAUACCCACUCUAUGCCCCCGGAGGCGUCGACGAUGGGCGUCAUCGAGCGUGUCGAUAUGAUCAACUUUAUGUGUCACAGAAAUCUCAGCAUAACCUUGGGACCACGCAUCAAUUUCAUUAUUGGUCACAAUGGCAGUGGCAAAAGUGCGAUCCUCACAGCCAUCACCGUGACGCUGGGUGGCAAAGCGCAAACUACGAGUCGCGGUAGUAGUCUCAAGGACUUUAUUCUUGAGGGAGCGCAGGCGGCCGAAGUGCGUGUGAGAUUGCGCAAUGGCGGCUCCGAUGCUUACCGACCCGACUUGUAUGGCGACGCCAUCAACAUCGAACGCCGUAUACACUCGGAUGGCAGCGGCUCCUGGAAGAUCAAAAAUGCUGAUGGCAAAACGAUCUCGACGAAGCGAGAGGAACUCGAUGCCAUCUGCGAUCAUGCCAACAUCCAAGUGGAUAAUCCCAUGAACAUCCUGAGUCAAGAUGCUGCGCGGCAGUUCCUGGGAAGUUCCCAGCCUGAAGACAAGUACAGCUUCUUUCUCCGAGGUACACAACUGACACAACUCGCGCAAGAAUAUGAGCUUAUACAGACAAAUAUUCAACGCAUGAAGCGCGCUAUUGCUCUGACUGAGGACAUUCUGCCCGAACUUGAGCGCGAUGCUCGAGAAGCCAACGCUAAAUGGCGACUCAUUGAACAAGCACGCGCCGAGCAAGAAAAACUCGAUGCGCUCAAAGAAGAGCUCGUAUGGAGUCAAGUGAUUGCAAAAGAAAAAGUACGCGCAUCUUUGGAGGAAAAACUCGAGCACGCUCGCAUGAAGCAGUCGGCCAUCCAGCAGCGACGCGACGAAGACGCACUUCGAGCCAAGGGCCUGGACGAUACUGUAUCAGAAUAUGAAGCACGCAGUCGAGAGAGUAACGAACGUGAAAUUCACCUCAAGGAGCAGCGUGCUCAGGUCACACACACAGUCAAAGAAUACCGCGCUUCCCUCCUCGCCCUCAAGACCAGGGAACGCGAACUAAAUGAGCAGGCUGAUCGUGUCAAGCUGUCGAUCCGUCAGAUACAGUCGCAAAUGGACGCAGAAGCACGUCGUCAAGUGCAAGAUCGGCGUGCUCUCCGCGACGCGCAGGCAGCGGAGCGGGACGAACGUAUUCGUGAACGACUACAUGUUGAGCGACAGCAGCUGGAGUUAAGUCAAGCUGACGAAUCGCUCCAUGCAAAAUUCAUGGGGCUUCGUGCAGAGCGAGCGCGCCUCACGACAGAGCUGCAUACCUAUGAUGACAAAAUUUCCAAUUUACAGCGAUUCGUGGUGCGAUGCAACGCAGCCGCUUCAAAUCGUGUCACAGCCUUUGGCGGCCCCGAAAUCACUCAAGUGCUUUCUGCCAUCAAUCACGAAACGCGAUGGAAAGAGCGACCUUAUGGGCCGCUAGGUAUGCAUAUACGACUACGUGAUCGGCGCUGGGCACCAGUCAUCGAGAGUGUGCUUGCCGAUCCAUUGAAUGCGUUUGUUGUGACAAAUCAUCAUGACCGUGCAUUGUUGUCGCGGAUUCUCAAGACCUACCACGCGUCGAAUCAAAUCAUCACUGCCGCUCGUGACUUGUUUGACUAUUCCCAUGGCGAGCCAGAGGCAUCCGUGCUGACUAUCUUGCGCGUACUCGAGACGGACGAGCACAUUUUACGGGUCCUCAUCGAUGGCCAUCGAAUCGAGAAAAGUGCUCUCGUCCCUGAGCGUGUCCUUGGUGAUCAACUCAUGCGUCGAAGACUCCCCAAUGUAUUGCAAUGCUACUCUGCUGACCUAUUCAAAAUCACAGGUGGUGCUACAAGUAGUGUGACGCAAACUGUCACGCGGUACACAGGUGUACCGCGCUUUGCUGUGGACCAUACAUCCGAGUUAGAGGAGGCACACCGUGCGAUAGCACAACAUGAUGCGUCACGAUCUCAGGUUCAACAGAGUCUAUCCGAGCUAGCGGAGCAGGAAACCCAGUUGAAAAGCGAGCAAAUGCGAAAUCAACAGCAGGUGGAAGCCACACGACAGGAGCACCGCAAGCUUCGACAGAGAAUCGCCCAGCUGGAAGAAACCAUGCGUGAUGACGAGCCUGCCAACGUUGUCGCACUCGAAGAAGCGCGAGCCGAGGCCGACGUGGAAAUGGCCCGCAUUGUAGAGCGAUUCAAGCAGACGGAAGGGGAAAAAGAGACAGCCGAAGCGGCUUUGGCUCCUCACGCGGCCAAGUUGGAUCAUUUGACGGAGCAGAUCCACUUGCUGGAGGAGCACAGGAUGCAGUAUGAGACUGAAUUACAAAAAACGUAUACGGAACGUGUGCGUCUACAAAAGACGCAGGAACACUGGUCUCGACAGCUCGACGCUCAAGAAGCGCUCAUCGGCGAGACGCAAAGGGAACUUGCCUCUCUGAAUGAGCUUAUCGGGUCGUGGACACAGAUGGCCACCGACUAUUGUGCACGUGUCGAGACUCAACGCACGCCAGCGUCUCUGGAGGAGCAGAUUCGUGCGAUCGAGACACAAAUGCAGCAGGAUGAAGCAUGCUCGGGCCAGUCCGUGGAAGACGUCAUUCGCGAGUUGCGCGCCAAAAACAAAGCUUACCAGGAAGCUAGGCAGAAGCUCGAGCAGACGCAUACCACCAUCCGCCUUCUUGAGUCUGCUAUUCAGCUUCGAUUAGAAAAAUGGCAUUACUUUCGCCGCUUUGUCGCCAUCCGAGCGCGAGCAAACUUUUCGAUGCAUCUUCAAAAUCGGGGGUUUUCCGGCUCUCUGCACUUUGACCACAAUGCUCAGACACUCAAGCUGCGCGUUCAAACAGGCGAUACCGAUACAUCGCACGAUAAAGACCCUAAAGUACUGUCAGGAGGCGAAAAAUCGUUUGCCACAAUAUGCCUUCUUCUGUCACUCUGGGAAGCCAUUGGGUGCCCGAUUCGAUGCCUGGACGAGUUUGAUGUAUUUAUGGAUGCGGUGAAUCGCCAAGUCUCUAUGAAAAUGAUUAUUGAUGCAGCGCGUGCGUCUUUGGGCGUGCAGUAUUUGCUGAUCACACCGCAGAACAUGUCACAAGUUUCACUAGGACCCGAGGUGCAAGUACAUCGCAUGCAGGAUCCCGAGCGACGUUCGUAG